AUGUCAUAGGUGUAAAUUUUAACUUAUAUAGAAUAGUCCAUUGGUAAGGGAGCUUUUGGUAAAGUAUAUCGUGGUCUUCAUAGACCAACUCAAUAACGAGUAGCUAUUAAAAUACUUGAAAAAAGUCGUAUAGAAUAACCUGAAGAUUUCAUACGUAUCUAACGGGAGAUUCAUAUUCUUCGUAAAUUAAGACAUCCAAAUAUUGUCUAAUUAUAUGAGAUUCUUGAAUCAGAAUCCAAAAUUUAUUUGAUCAUGGAAUUUGUAAGUGGAGGAGAACUCUUUUAACAUAUAGUUAAAAAUAAUAAAUUAUCAGAAUAAGAUGCUGCUCCUUUUUUCUCUUAAAUUAUUGAAGCUAUUGAAUAUUUACAUUCUCUUAAAGUUGCUCAUAGAGAUCUCAAACCUGAAAAUCUUUUACUUGAAAAUGACAUUCUUAAAGUUGUUGAUUUUGGAUUAAGCAAUAUAUAUACAGAUCUUUUAAAUACCCCUUGUGGAUCACCUUGUUAUGCAGCUCCAGAAAUGGUUUCCGGAUAAAAAUAUUAAGGAAUCAAAACUGAUAUCUGGGCUAGUGGAGUUAUACUUUAUGCUAUGAUUUGUGGCUAUGUACCUUUUGAAGAUUAAAAUACAAGAAAAUUGUAUGAAAAAAUCAAAUAUUCUGAUUUUUCACGUCCUUCUCAUUUAAGUGGAUAGGUCUUAGAUCUUUUAAAUGGAUUACUUCAUAAAAAUCCCUAAGAUAGAAUGUCUAUCGCAAAAAUAAAGAUGCAUCCAUUUAUUAGGUAAUAUAUUUUAAAUCUAUAGCUUUUAGUAAGUAUUCAUAUUCUAUAAUCUUGUACAAGACUUUAGCUAUCAAUUCAGAAAUUGUGAAAUAAUUAGAAAUGGUUGGUAUUGACGGUUAAAAAUGUAAAGAGAUGAUUUUAAAUAAUAAACAUAAUGCAAUCACUACAUCAUAUCAUCUUUUAAAUAAAUACUAAAAACCCUAAACUUAAUAAGUUUAAAGAGUUCGAACUCAUUAAAGCAUAAAAUCUACUGUUGAAAGACUAUAACAAUCAACCGAACGCCGUCCUAAUUCUAGUACAUAUCAUACAAAAACAAAAUCAUCAGAAAAUAAUUAUCAAACAGCUAUGAAAAUUCAGAGAGGGUUUGAAAAUAGAAUUUCAGAAAGACCUAAAUCAACAGAGAGAAGAAUAAGUACAGAAAUAGGUAGAUAAGAAAAAAACAAAAGUUAUCAUGAAUUAAAAGAAAAUAAUGUUCCCCGUAAAUCACAUGCUUCAAAACCAAGUAAAUCACCUGUAAUGUAUACAGAAUAUAGACUAAAAACAACCAGAAUUAUGUGA